AUUCAUUCAUUACUGCGGGCGACGACGACAAAUUAUGUAGUUUUACCACUCAUUUCGUCAAGGUCACAUUUGGACUUAACUUACUGGAUACAUUUUGCUGUUUAAAACCCGUCUGGGUUUUACAAAAAAGUCGCGUGGUAUUUUGAUUUACUGUAAUCAAUUUAUUAUCACAAAUGAAACGCUGGUCUACUCUUAUCGGACGUGUCAUCAUGCUAGCACCAGUUAGAACUGUGAGCACUGAAAGUAGGAGAUGUCCUAUGUUAACUGUUCAGCCAUGUCGAGGAAUGGUGGACGAGAAGUUUCAAGUAAUCAUAAAGAAUUUACUGCCAAAUCAAGAGGUAACGCUACACUCUCUACAUCAGUCUGAAGAUAAGGACUUCUGGGAGGCUUUUGGACACUAUAUCAGUGAUGAACAUGGAACAGUGACAGUGGCAAAAGAUGAAAGUUUGGGAGGCACGUAUGAAGGGACAGAGCAGAUGGGUUUGCUGUGGAGCUUGAGGCCUGUACCAGGAAGUCGAUCUGCACUCAGGUUACGCAAGAUGAAUGUACUCACGCCAAUGGUAGUUAACAUAUCAGUCUACAAUGGGCAUCUGUCUCAAGGAUUCAGUCAGACCUCAGCGCUGGCCACGACUGUCACAGAGCGCUGGUACAUGGCACCAGGUGUACAGAGGGUGGACAUAAGAGAGAACGGAGUUCGAGGAACUUUAUUUCUUCCCCCAGGCCCUGGGCCAUAUCCAGGGGUGCUGGACCUAUGGGGAGGAGGUGGUGGAUUGAUUGAAUAUCGUUCUGCUCUGCUUGCAUCUCAUGGUUUUGCAUGUAUGGCCCUUGAAUACAUCUCUCCAGGAGAGCUGAAAAAGACUGACGUUGAUAAUACAUACUUUGAGAAAGCAUACCAGAUCUUGCAAAAUCAUCCAUUAGUACAGAAGGACAAGAUUGCGAUGCUUGGGUUGUGUUUUGGAAGUGUCAUCACAUUCAGUAUGACUGUCUACUCUUCUGUCAUCAAGCCCCAGUGCUGCGUGUGUAUCAGUGGAAGUCAUGUGGUUCCUGUUAAUAAAUGCAUGUUUGAAGUCUUCGAGGACAUAAAAAAGCUUAUGGGUAAAGUACAAGAGAAUGAGGACAAACAUAUAGUGACCAGAGAAAUUAUCUUGCCGAUUCCCUCAGACCCGGCUCUCAAAGCAGACGUUGGGAGAAUAAAGUGUCCUCUUUUGUUGGUGAAUGGUACUGAUGAUCAGAAUUGGGCUACUAAUGAAUCUGCUGAAGACAUUAAGAUGAUGAUGGAGAAAGCAGGAAAUCGACACCUGCUGACUGUCUUGACAUAUCCUGAUGCUGGUCAUCUGAUUGAACCUCCAUACACGCCUCACUUCAGAGCAACUAACUUCCUUCUGCAUGACAUGAAAGUGAAAGUUGUCAUGCUGUGGGGUGGACAAACUAAACCACAUGCGUACGCUCAAGAGGACUCAUGGAAAAAGAUUUUAGCAUUUUUUCAAGAGCACCUCUACGGUUCAAACGUUAAGGCCAAACUUUAGUUCCUUUAUUUGAAACUGAUAUAUGACCAACUUCAUUCAAAAUGCUAUUAAAUGCAAUGAUGUUGCUGCCAGUUCUUUCAUGUUACAUUUCACUUUGGUAUUUGUACUGAAUAAAAGGGGAUCUUAAGUAUAUUUUUUAAGUAAUACUUUUGUAGCAGACACAUGCCAUAAUGCAUUAUUAAUGAAUGUAAUAAUUAUAAAUAUAAAUAAAUAAAUGAAUACUGACAUGGUUAUGGUGACACUGCCAAGUAAAUGUAUUAGAUUUUUUUUUUGUAAAGAAAAACACUUAAGAUCAUUUUGACACACUAUGUUUUCUUAUUUUGUAACCACAAUCUACCUCUGGUUAAAAUAAAAGCAUAAAUUUAGAUUAUUUUAUCAAAUUUUGUUGGACUUUUUUGUUAAAAACAAUAAUGUUUAUUGUCUAAAUUGAGUAUAACGUGUGUUUUAAACAGGAAAUUAUGUAUGCAAUCCAGAAGAUUUGAAAUCAUUUGGAUGAAUUUUUAAGUACCUGCAAUAAUAAAAGUAUGAUUUAUUUGUA